AACAGAAAUCGAUGGUGACAACGAGUCAGGAAAAUCAAAUAUGAACAUAAAGCACUUGCCGCCGACAAGGUAAAUUUUACACCCGAAAAUACACAAAAACAAAACGGCAAAGGCCCAAACACAUGAAACUUAAAUCAGUCAUGAAAUUAUUGGAAAGCCAAAAUACUUACAAUGCAACUGGAACUAUCAGGCACGGAGCAGCUGUGAGCAUGAGGUGAGGAAAAUAUCUCUUGAGCAUAACCGCAAGCAAAUUCUAUAUCACGGGACUUGGAAACUUGACAGUUUUUAUAUAUUUGGCAAGGCUUGAUGGGGAACAAGAAACAGGUGCACCGCUGAAGAGGCACGCCCUGCGCUCCAACAAAGACGGAGCGGGACGUUCGAUACAUAGCUUUCUUUUUAUCCUGUUUGUUUUGCUCGGAAAAAUAAUGACAAUGAACCACAAAAAAAAUCUCAUCAGUGACCCCACAAAACAGCACAUCUUCCCACCGACACACGUCUAAAUGAUGAAGAUGAAUGAAUGCUUGCUGGGUGAUUUAUGUAACAAUUCCUAAUUUGGACAGACCAAUAGGAAGGUAGCCACAGUCUAUGCAUCUUACUCUGACAAGUAACAGUAGAUCAUGUACAGCACGAAAAUAAAACAGAAUGGCAAUAGGCAAAAGUGCUGCGCAUACUAGCGCCUAUCUCGUUGAGGAGAUUUGGGUGGAGCAGAGAUGAUCAAAGAUUGGGCUGCAAGUGAUGAGCGAAUGAGUGAAGUGGUGGGUGAGAGAGGAAAGGGGUGGAGAAAGAAAAGUAGGAGUUGAUUUUAUUUAUUUAUUUUUUGUGCAAGGCUUUAAAAACCCUUGUCGGAUUUUUUUCAGAGGGGCAGUUGGCAAGCCAUGAACCUCUUGACUAUUUGAACAUAUGCCGGGAUCACUUUUUACAAAGGAAUUGCAACCCCUGAUGGCACAACUUGACCUGAAACAUGAGAAUGACAAGCAGGCGGCGGCCCCUGUCCAGACGGCAGAAGCCCCGUGCCUACAGAGGGCCAAGGCUCGCCUCCUGAAGGGGGUCUCCUACUUCUCAGGAGAUAUGGCAGUUUUUGCAAAGUGGAUGGAAAAACAGUUUUUCUUGCUCCAGUUGCUGGAUUGGGUCUUGCGUGGGGCUGCCCAAGUCAUGUUUGUUAACAACCCGCUGAGCGGCCUCAUUAUCUUUGCCGGCCUCAUCCUGCAGAACUACUGGUGGGCGCUGAAUGGCUUUGUGGGGACGCUCUUUGCCACCAUUUCAGCGCUCAUUCUGCGACAGAGCAGGGGUGCAAUUGCUGCAGGAUUGUAUGGCUACAACGGUAUCUUAGUCGGCUUGUUGAUGGCCGUCUUCUCCAAUGCAGGGAACUGGUACUGGUGGCUCUUGCUGCCCAACAUCUUCAUGUCUAUGAUGUGCCCAAUCGUGUCCAGUGCUCUGGCAUCCAUUAACAGUCGUUGGGAUCUGCCAGUGUUCACGCUCCCCUUCAACAUCCUGGUGUGCCUCCACAUGGUGGCCACAGGUCACUACAACCACCACUUUCCCCAAGUUCUCAUCCAACCCCGCACCGAGCUGCCGAAUAUCACCUGGGAGGAAAUCGACGUCGCUAAGCUGUUCAUGUCCGUGCCUGUGGGGAUAGGCCAAGUGUACGGCUGUGACAACCCUUGGACAGGAGGCAUCUUCAUCAUCUCACUCUUCAUCUCCUCCCCCAUCACGUGCGCACACGCUGUCCUCGGGUCUACGAUCGGCAUGCUUUCAGGCCUGGCUUUGGCAGCUCCGUUUGGUGCAAUUUAUUUUGGCCUGUGGGGAUACAACUGCGUGCUGGCAUGCAUUGCCAUUGGCGGAAUGUUUUAUGCUCUCACUUGGCAAGUGCACCUUCUCGCUAUUACUUGUGGGUUUUUCUGCGCAUACCUGGGCUCUGCUAUCGCCAACAUCAUGUCCGCGUUUGGUCUCCCGGCCUGCACGUGGCCCUUCUGUCUCUCCGCGCUGACAUUUUUGCUCAUCACCACGGAAACCAAUAAGAUCUUUAAGCUGCCACUGCCCAAAGUCACCUACCCCGAGAAAAAUCUCUGCUUCUUCUGGAAAAUGAAGAAGCAGGAAAAGCAGGAGAAGCUGGAGGAAGAGCGGAAAAAGAAAGAGGAAGAGCUCAGAGCUAUUGAUGACGAGAUGAUACUGAAUGAGAAAGAAGAGCUGAGGCUCAACCUCACAGCCAUGGAAGAAGCCAACGAUAUGCAAAUAGUCUCAAUGCCUGAAGCAGAGAGCGAGCAAAAUGACAAUGGGCAACAACAAACCACAGAGGACUACCCGACUGAUGAAAUGCCUGCGAAUUAUUUAUGAAAGAGAAAUAGAGCAGGAGAGAAGGAAAGUUUUCUUUUUUCUUUUUUUUGCUGUAUCACCUUGUAUACCUAAAUCCUGAACAAAUUCAACUCACUUCCAAGAAAAGAGGAUUUUCAAUUAGUGCUGCUGACGUGGUGUGGCCCCCAGUGAGUAUGUUAGCCGGCAUCCCUGCAUAUGAUUGUAUUUUUAUUGUCAAGUUAGGCAAGUCAAGUUUCCUUUUCUACGUUUUCAUACUUAAAUAAAAGUAUUUUUAAAAAGCGCUUUUCUUGCAAUGUCUACUGCAUAAAUGUUU